AUGGCUCCCUCAGAACAAUCUCGCCACUCUCUUGUCCCUGGAUUCUUGUACUCGUCGAAAACACUGUCCCAUUUGAAUAAUAACACCAAUCAUGGGUUGCCAUUGAUACCAUCAUCCUCCAAUGCAUCGCAUUCAUCAUCAUCAUCGUCGCCCCUGCAGGAUGGGGCCAAGAGUCCUGUGAUCCUUUCACCAAAAGAGAGAAUCCGCAUGUUUUCUCCUGCUUACUAUGCAGCAUGCAGUGCAGGUGGGGUCUUCAGUUGUGGACUUACCCACAUGGCUGUCACUCCUCUCGAUCUUGUCAAGUGCAACAUGCAGAUUGAUCCUUUAAAGUACAAGAGCAUCUCAUCAGGAUUUGGAGUGUUACUGAAGGAACAGGGUGCUAAAGGUUUCUUCAGGGGAUGGGUGCCUACUCUGUUGGGGUACAGUGCUCAAGGAGCAUGCAAGUUUGGGUUUUAUGAGUUCUUCAAGAAGUAUUACUCAGACCUUGCAGGACCCGAGAAUGCAGUGAAGUACAAAACAGUCAUAUAUCUAGCUGGUUCUGCUUCAGCUGAAGUUAUUGCUGAUAUUGCCCUUUGCCCUAUGGAGGCUGUCAAAGUUCGUGUACAAACUCAGCCUGGCUUUGCUAGAGGUUUGUCAGAUGGGUUGCCCAAGUUUAUCAAGGCUGAGGGUGCUUCUGGGUUGUAUAAAGGUCUCGCUCCUCUUUGGGGCCGCCAAAUUCCAUACACAAUGAUGAAAUUUGCUUCCUUUGAGACUGUCGUGGAGAUGAUAUACAAAUACGCCAUCCCAAUCCCUAAGGAGAAGUGCAGCAAAAAUAAGCAGCUUGGAGUGAGUUUUGCAGCAGGAUAUAUUGCGGGUGUGCUGUGUGCAAUUGUCUCACACCCUGCUGACAACCUCGUUUCUUUUCUCAACAAUGCCAAGGGAGCCACUGUUGGUGAUGCUGUAAAGAAAAUUGGGAUGUUAGGUCUUUUCACUCGUGGCCUUCCUCUUCGUAUAGUUAUGAUUGGAACCCUAACUGGGGCACAGUGGGGACUCUAUGAUUCAUUUAAAGUAUUUGUAGGACUGCCUACCACUGGAGGAAGUGCUCCUGCUCCUGCCCCUGUUAAGUAG